CAACAGUAUACCGUCAAAUUUCUUCGUCACCAGCAGUGCCAAUAGCAGAAAACCCAACAGACAAGUAAUUAGAAAUGGGAAACCGGAGAUUUGCGCAGAUCUCCACCAGUGACGAGGAAGACGAAGAGCCAACUCCGCCGCCGAAAACUCGUUCGUCAAUGAAGUUGGAAGGGAACGAGAGGAAGAGGAAGAAAAUAAAGCUUCCUGAUGAAGACGAAGAGAAAUUGAGGGGAGGGAAAAUGAAAAAAAAGGCUAGGGUAGAGACAGCAGUGGAGAAUACCGACCGGGAGGAGGAAGUUGCGCCGCAGGAGGAUGCGAAGCCCGUCGGUGAACCAGUUAAGCUUUCGGGGAAAGGAAGAGGACGAAGGAGUCAUUACGAUGCUUUUGAGUUCGAUGGAAACCGAUACGAUCUGGAGGAUCCUGUUCUCUUAGUUCCUGAGGAUAAAAAGCAAAAACCUUAUGUGGCAAUUAUCAAGGAUAUUGCUCGGACCAAUAAUGGUAGCAUGAUGGUAACUGGACAGUGGUUUUAUCGCCCUGAAGAGGCAGAAAGAAAAGGCGGAGGAAGCUGGCAGUCACGUGAUACUCGGGAGCUGUUUUAUAGUUUCCAUCGUGAUGAGGUUCCAGCAGAAUCUGUAAUGCACAAAUGUGUGGUGCAUUUUGUUCCUAUUCACAAGCAACUUCCAAAUCGCAAACAACAUCCCGGUUUUAUUGUCCAGAAAGUGUAUGACACUGUAGAACGAAAGCUUUGGAAGUUAACCGAUAAGGAUUAUGAAGACAACAAGCAGCAUGAAAUUGAUCUUCUUGUUCAGAAAACUCUAGCACGUUUGGGGGAGCUUCCUGACAUUGAAAAUGAAGAUAAUUUUGCUGAACCAGAAGAUCUCUCAAAGGUUAAAAGAACUCUUAGGAAAAAGAAUAUCACUCCUCUUGAUGUUUCAAGGGAGGAAGAUGUAACUACCAGGACUGAUAGUUUUAAAGCUGAAACGCCAGGAAGUUGUACAGGCAAUGCUUCAGAGUACUAUGCAAUCUUAGAAAAGUUUAAUGCACUAACUGGAGAUACCCAUCGUGACAAAUGGUUGGAAAGGCUUCUUCAAUAUAUUCAAUAUAUGUGCAGUUCUCCCAACAGCACAGGUAAUGGUGAUAAAGUGAAAGGUGAUUCUGAUGGCACCGACCAUGAAAAAGAGCACAAGUCCCAGGGCACUGCAAAUGGAUCUCAGGCAAAGAGUCUUAAAAGUAGCAAAACUUUUAACUGGCCAGAUGCUGCUGUUCCUGCUGUAAGUGCUCUGGAGAAGGCCUCACAUGAAGCUCUUUCCUCUGAUUUUCAGAAAUAUAACCAGAAGUUGCGCCAGCUGGUUUUCAACCUGAAGAAUAAUGCACUGCUGGCUCGGCGCUUACUUAAUGGAGAGUUGGAACCUUCAAAAAUACUAAAUAUGUCACCUAAUGAAUUGAAGGAGGGAUUGACAGCUGAGGAGACAGCGAGAAAGGAGCCUGAGGAGUUGGCACGCAUGCAGAUGACGGAUGCUUGCUGCGCAAGAUGCAAUGAGUUCAAAGUGGGUGUAAGGGAUAUCAUCCAAGCAGGACAUGGAGAUCGCUAUCAGCUGGAGUGCACUGCCUGUGGUAAUUCCUGGUAUGCUUCCAGGGAUGAAGCAUCGAUGCUGACAAUAGAUGGUCCAAGUUCUGCCAGAAGUGUAGGCACUGCACCCUGGGCAACUGCGAAAUUUGAAGAGGUAGAGAAGAAGCUGGUCAGUCCCCGUGAACCUGAGAAGGCAAUUGAGGUCCUCAAGAAGACUAGUGAACCAUAUAUACCUCUCAUGGUAACCCAGAGAUCAUUCAGCAAACUCAAGAAUGAAGAGAACUCCGAAACUGCAAAGAAUGCUGAAUGAUAUACAUAUAGAAAAUAAAUUUCCUUUUGUACAGUUAAAGGUGAGUGGGUGGUUAUCUAUAGGUAGCCUCAGUUUCUGAAGCCGAGUUCCUCUGUAUGGUAGUUAGCCAGGUUAUACACUACACAUGAGUAGGACGAUGUUAGUUUCUUCGUAGUGGGAUACAAUACAAGUCAUCUUUGUAAUUUGAGCUUUGAUAAAAAAAAAAAAAAAAAAAUCUUUGCAAGUUGAGGGUGCUUGUUGAGUUGGCUGGGUUUAUUUUAUUUGUAUGUGAUGUUUAUUUGAAAUCCUUUGGAGGGGAUGCAUUGUGCGACCUCACCUCGGCAUUUUGGUUGUUGAAUUGAAGGUAGUCCCUACUGCCUAGAAUGCUGUAAUGCUCGAAUAUUACUGAAUUGAAUUUGAACGUCAA